AUGCUCUUCACUAAAAGUAUAGCUAAGUUCUCCUCAGCAGCUAAUGUUAAAAACUUCGCAGUCGUUGGUGCUGGUCAAAUGGGUACUGGUAUUGCAAUCGUUGCCAACAAGAUUGGUGGUUUGAAUGUCAAGAUUGUUGACUCCACUGAAAAGGCUCUCUCUGGCAGCAGAAAGUUCACUGAAAGCUGGUGUGACAAGGAAAUUGCUAAAAAUCGUAUGACCAGCGAAGAAAAGCACUAAAUGCUCUCUCGUUUCUCUUACUUCACAAAGCUUGAAGAUUUAAACGAUGCUGACUUUGUUGUCGAAGCUGUCACAGAAAAGUUUGAAGUCAAGAAAAAUAUCUUCACCACUUUGGAUCAAAUUACCAAGCCUGAUACUAUUUUGGCUUCCAACACCUCCUCCAUUUCUUUGACCAAAAUUGCUGCAACCACCAAGCGUCCUGAAAAGGUUAUUGGUAUGCACUUCAUGAACCCCGUCCCAGUCAUGAAGCUCAUUGAAAUCAUUAAAGGUCUUCAAACUUCCGAUGAAACUCUUUAAACCACCUUAGACUUAUCUCAUAAAUUGGGUAAGACCACUGUUUUGGCUAAUGAUAUUCCGGGUUUCAUCCUUAACAGAACUUUAAUGCCAUACAUCAACGAAGCUGUUUAUGCUUUGUUUGAAGGUGUAGCUACUGUUGCUGAUAUUGAUUAGGCCAUGAAGCUUGGUACUAACGUUCCUAUGGGUCCCCUCACUUUGGCUGAUUUCAUCGGUUUGGACACCUGUUUAUUGAUCAUGUAAGUCUUACAUACUGAAUUGGGUGAUUCUAAGUACAGACCUUGCCCCUUGCUCGUUAACUACGUUAAUGCUGGCUACUUAGGAAAGAAGAGUGGUAGAGGUUUCUACAAAUACUGA